CGAGAAUUCUAGAUUUAAGCUCAAUCAGAAUGUACAACCAAUUGUUUCCGUGUUGCCACUAGGAUUGUUGGUUCCACUCGGUCUGCGAUGGACUAUCUCCGGCUGCGGAUGCCGGUCGGAGUUAUGUAUACUCCCAACUGUCAAGACAUAAAUACCCUCAACGCAACCAGAGUGCCAUUGUCAAGCAAACAGCUUAAAUCAAUCUCUUGACUUCUCUUCAAUCAUAUUGCAACACAAAUCAACCCAAACCAACCAACCAAAUGUCCCUCCCCAAAAUCGCCAUCUUCGGCGCCACCGGCCAACAAGGCCGCUCCAUCGUCAACACCCUCCACACCCACUCCAUCUUAUCCAGACAAUUCUCCCUGCGCGCCAUAACCCGCAGCGCCUCCUCCCCAACCGCCCUCAUCCUCGCCUCCCAAGGCAUCGAAAUCGUCGAAGCCGACCUCGACGACCCCUCCACCCUCCCGUCCGCCCUCGCAAACACCCACACCGUCGUCCUCAUCACCCUCACCAUCUACGACCCCCAGAUCAAGACACGCGAAUACGCCCAGACAAGAAACGUCGCCGACGCUGCCGUCGCCGCCGGCGCGCAUCACAUCAUCUACUCCACCGCCGUGAACUGCCAGACCCUGUGGCCCGCGAACCUAACCCCCCGAGCUGUCCAUGCGUUCGAGUCCAAGGCUGAGGCGGAGCUCUAUCUGCGCACCUUGCCGAUCAGGGUAUCCUACUUCGCGCCGGGGUGCUUCAUGCAGAAUUUCACGACGUUCUUCGGGCCCAGACGACAGGGCGAUGGGAGCUAUGUUAUGGUGAACGUCGUGGACAAGGAUGCGAAGAUCCCGUUGAUUGAUAUUGAGGGGGAUUCUGGGACGUUUGUGGCUAGUUUGUUGUUGAGAGGGGAGGCAGGGGAGACGAUGUAUGCGAGUGGGGGGUUGUAUUCGUUUGAGGAGAUUGUGGGGGUUAUUUCGAAAGUGUCCGGGAAGGAGGUCAAGUAUGUGCAGGUGCCGGAGGAGGUGUUUAAGGGGUUUAUGAGUGAGGAGCAGGGUGGGAGGAUCGUGAAUAUGAUGAAGUGGUUUGAGGAGGUUGGGUAUUUUGGGCCGAGGACGAGGGAGCUGGUGGAGGAGUCGAGUGCGAAGGUGCAGGGGAAGUUGACGAGUUUUGAGGAGUUUGCGGAGAGGAAUUUUGUGGAGUUGGAAUAG